UGAUUUCCUUGUUCGUCAUGGAUAAUUUUGCAGCCAUGCCCUCUUCCUCAUCAUCUCUCUCACAAAACUCCAUAUUCAACAUGAUGAUCAUGACCUCCCAACCACACCAUCAUCAUAAUCAAGUAUUCCAAAGUCUUGAUUAUCAUGACCACAACAAUGGAUACUUAGGUAAAGGUUUGAUCACAUCCAUUGAAGAAAAUCAAAAUAUCAACGGCGCCGUGUCGAUCGGUGAGGGAGGCAGUCUGGUGGCGGAAAACGAGGCGCAGAAAAAGGGGGAGAAGAAGAAGAGGAAACCUAGAUUUGCCUUCCAAACGAGAAGCCAAGUUGAUAUACUAGAUGAUGGAUAUAGAUGGAGGAAAUAUGGUCAAAAGGCAGUCAAGAACAAUACAUUUCCCAGAAGUUACUAUAGAUGCACGCAUCAAGGUUGCAAUGUGAAGAAACAAGUACAGAGGGUUUCCAAAGACGAAGGUGUUGUGGUAACAACAUAUGAAGGCAUCCAUUCUCAUCCAAUCCAAAAAUCUACCGACAAUUUUGACCAUAUUCUUAGUCAAAUGCAGAUUUACACUUCUUUAUAAUCAUAAUGAGUAUGAGUAUGAGUAUGAGUAUGAGUAUGAGUAUACAUAUCAUGUAGUAUCUUUUAUUAGUGGUCAAGAUUUAGAUAGUUGGAUCUAUCUAUAUGAGAAUUUACUCGGAUUAUACUACUACUAUAUUUGUUUUCAAUCUCUACAUCUUGUGUCUCAUUUGUGGAAACAUUUCAUUGUAUUCAUAAAAGAAUCGAG